AUCAUGAAACUUCUCCUGACUGAAUACGUCAGGUUCCCCCAGGGAGACGCAUUGAAGGAUGUUAUCAGGGGCUAUGAGGAGCGUUGGGGAUUUCCAAACUGUGUAGGAUCUAUAGAUGGCAGUCACAUCCCUAUCAUAGCUCCUAAAUAUUCACACGGUGACUACCUGAACAGGAAAGGUUUCUAUUCUCUUAUCCUUCAAGGGGUAUGUGACCACAACCAGAUGUUUACAAACAUCAAUAUUGGCUGGCCAGGCUGAGUGCAUGACGCCCGUAUGCCCUUGGUGCUCCUUGGUGAUGCAGCAUACCCCUUAAAGUCAUGGUUAUUGAAGCCCUACACUGGCAGAGCUAACCUCACUCCAGCUCAGAGUACCUUCAACUAUCGACUCAGCCGAGCCAGGAUGACGAUUGAAAACGCGUUUGGUCGCUUGAAGGGACGCUGGCGGUGUUUGCAGAAGAGGAUGGACGUUGACGUCGAAUUUGCCUGCACGGUAAUUACAUGCUGUGUUGUCCUCCACAACAUUUGCGAGAGUGUACGUGACCUCUACAGGGAGGAUUGGGACACCGAAGAAGACGAAGAAGAAAAUGACUACCAACUGGAUGUACAGGAUGGGGGCGACGAAGGGAUCCAAUGUGCGAAAGCUCUGCGUGAUGAAAUCGCGCUGGCUUUCUGCAACGAUGUGUUUUAAAGACAUUAUUCAUUUGUGAAGACAUUUACUUUGAGUAAACCAUGUAUAGUUCAUAUUGGUGAUUAUUGUAAACAUUUAAACUUGUACAUGCACGUGUUUCAAAAUUCAAAUUAAAGUAUUUUGUGAAGAUGUAA